AUGGCUGUCGCUAGACCUAUUCGCAUGCUCUCUGCGGCAUGCGUGGUACUCGUGAUUUUUCUGGUGUUCCAGAUGAAGAGGAGCCCUUCAUAUGUCGGCAUGGGGCCAGGCGAAUACAACGGCAUGACUGCGGACCCUCUGAAUGAUCCAACCGGUGAGCCUGAUGGCUAUCUGUGGCGCGCCGACGAACACGACUACGCUCCUGACAGCACCAACUCCGCCCGAACCAAUGCAGCCAUCAUCUCCCUCGUGCGGAACGAAGAGCUGAACGAGCUGCUUCCAAGCAUGCGCGACUUGGAAAGGACAUGGAACCACAAAUUUAACUACCCAUGGAUUUUCUUCAACGACGUGCCGUUCACCGAGGAGUUUAAGAAACGAACACAGGCUGAGACUAAGGCCAAAUGUCAAUACGAAUUGGUUCCCAAAGAGCACUGGGAAGUCCCUAGCUUCAUUGACAUGAACCUUUUCAAAGAGUCCGCGGCGCUCCUGAAAGAGAAGGGAUUACAGUACGCCGAUAAGAUAUCCUACCAUCAGAUGUGCCGGUGGAACAGUGGCAUGUUCUACAAGCACCCAGCGCUUAAAGAUUAUCGCUACUACUGGCGCGUGGAGCCCAAAGUCCAGUUCUUUUGUGAUGUCGAUUAUGAUGUCUUCCGCUUCAUGGAGGACCGCAACAAGACUUACGGUUUCACGAUUAAUUUGUUCGAUGCUCCCGAGAGUAUCCCAUCCCUGUGGCCGACGACACAGGAGUUCCUCGCCGCGAAUCCAUCUUACCUCUCCGAUAACAACAUGAUGGACUGGUUGACUGACGACCAGCUCCGACCGGACCACACCCGCGAUGCGAACGGAUACUCGACCUGCCAUUUCUGGUCCAACUUUGAGAUUGGUGAUAUGGAGUUCUUCCGCGGUGACAAAUACUCUGCGUACUUUGAUUUCCUUGAUCACGCUGGUGGUUUCUUCUACGAGAGAUGGGGUGAUGCUCCUGUUCAUUCGAUCGGUUUGGGAUUGUUCGAGGACAAGAACAAGGUUCAUUGGUUCCGCGACAUCGGAUACCGCCAUAUUCCUUACUUCAACUGCCCCAACUCGCCCAAAUGUUCCGCUUGCACCCCUGGCAAGUUCUACGAAGGCGCAUCGUUCCUUGCUAAGGAGGACUGCCGGCCCAGCUACUUCAAGCACGUUGGGACCCAUUAAUUCGCUUGAACAAUUCUUUUAUACCCAUACAUAUAACCAUAUACCAUUUCUUGCUAGGCGUCCGCCUGCGACACGGUCGCAUUUACGUUCAAAUUCGCAUCCAUAGGGUUCAUAAUUGUUUCCGGCGGCGUUUUGUGACUUGGUUUCCCCUUUCUACGGCUUCUUGUAUCUUGCCAUCUUCUAAUUGUCCUUUUCCUUCUUCUGUGAUAAUUGUUGGAUUAUACAUUAGAGGGCUUCCUUUGCUGUAUGUAUACCGUCUUCCUUUUACCCUGCCAACUUCGUCUGUAUAUCCAUGGAUGUCGAUCAAAUGGCCAA